CAGUGACUAAGGUAUCCAACUCCCCAGUGCCUAAAGUACCUGCAGCUGCAAAGGGGUUGGUCAGAAAUCUGUCUAGAGUUGGAAGGAAAUCAGCCUUCAGUGCUGAAAGGACAGGGCAUUUCUCUGCUGACCCAAAGUGAGGAAGGCCUGAACUCUCUACCUCACCCUGCAAAUUCCUCUGGAGAAGCCUGCAAUGUUCCUCUGGCUGCUGGUCAUCACCUUUGCUGCAGCCCCUGAAGGUACCCUUUCCAACAUAAAAAUGGUGGCAUCUGGUCCCAAGGAAGGGAAAAUCUUGGGAUCACUCCCACUCACCUGCACUGUAAUAGGAGCACCUUUGGAUAGCCCUCGCUAUGACUGGAAUUACGUCCGUCUGGCUCCAACAGGGGAACUGCAAUUUCUAGCGUGGGUCUAUCCUUUUGGGAAUAACACAGGCUAUGCCCCACCUUUCCAAAGCCGAGCCACCAUCUCUGCAGAUAAAGCCAAAAAAAAGGUUUCCCUGCAGCUGCAUGCCCUUACAGCCGUAGACACAGCCACCUACUUCUGUGCCAGACAGCACACCAUAAAAUCAAUGGCUGUGGAAACAGACAAGCUUGUAUUUGGAAGUGGGAUUGCUUUCUCAGUUGAACCAAGCAGACAAGAAUAUUCUACACCAGAAGUCAUUGCACUUAAAUCAAAGGAACCUAAACAAUAUGGCAGCAAAUUGAAUAUAGCUUGUUUGGCAAGGACAUUCUACCCUAAGAACAUCAGUCUUGAUGGGCCUGAGGGUCACAUUGUAUAUGAUCUGAAGGCACCUCUUAUCACAUCGGAGGGGAUGUACAGUACAUGGAAGGUAAUUGGAGUAAAACCAGAUGCAAAGGGGACCUGCAAGGCUGUGCACAAGAGAAAUGAGACUGCAGCCAGCACAAUUCUGCCAGAAGAGAAAGCUGAAGAACUGGUGACAGUGAAAGUUUGCAACAUUAUAGAUGCCUCUACAAAAGAUGUCAAAAUGGAAAAAAUGAAUAUGGUUUUCAUGGUGGUUUUGUGUUUGAGUUUGCUGGCGAAAAGUAUUGCCUUCGGUACACUCAUGACUAUCAAGCUAUUCAUCUUUGAGGCUAGACCAGAGCACCUCAGGUUAUAUCAAAAAUCUUCUGCUGGCAGCUUCGAGUGGAGAAAGUCUGGAGAGAAGUCCAGACAUGUGAGGACUACAAAGGGAGAAUCCCCAAAUACAACAAAUUUGAAAAAGGAGAAGGAAAAUGUACUAAGUGAGCCAGCAAUGGGCUGAAGAAGAGUGGGAGAAAAUGUAACAGUGUGAUUUAAACACUGUGGCUCAACUUUGCUGCCAAUAAACAUCUAAGGAACCAAAGAAGCAAUAUCCCUUCCCAGUUCCUGUAGAACUUUGAGUCCCAUCACUUCAUCAAGGUGCUCUUCAGUUAACACCAUCUGAAAGCUUUCUUAAGCAGUUAAUAUUGUUGAACUCUUGUCUUGCUAAAUUUCAUUAAUUGUUACAACAAU